GCGCCUGCGCCGGGCACAAGGCCGGCCUCGAGCGCCCGGGCGGGAGGUUUGUCCUGUAUGAGUGGAGAAGACAGUUCUUGCCAGUAGAAUUGACACAGCAUUUUCUAGGAUGUCUGAAGAUGAAGAAAAAGUGAAAUUACGCCGUCUUGAGCCAGCUAUCCAGAAAUUCACGAAGAUAGUAAUCCCAACAGACCUGGAAAGAUUAAGAAAACACCAGAUAAAUAUUGAGAAGUAUCAAAGGUGUAGAGUCUGGGACAAGUUGCAUGAAGAACAUAUCAAUGCAGGGCGUACGGUUCAGCAACUCCGCUCCAAUAUCCGGGAAAUGGAGAAACUUUGUUUGAAAGUCCGUAAGGAUGACCUGAUACUUCUGAAAAGAAUGAUAGAUCCAGUUAAAGAGGAAGCAGCAGCAGCAACGGCAGAGUUUCUGCAACUCCACUUGGAAUCCGUAGAAGAGCUUAAGAAACAAUUCAAUGAUGAAGAGACUUCAUUACAGCCUGCUUUAAGCAGAUCCAUGACUGUCGGCGGAGAAUUUCACAGCACGGAAGCCGAAGCCAGCUGUCAGAGCUUGACUCAGAUCUAUGCACUGCCUGAAAUUCCUCCGGACCAGCAUGCUGCGGAGUCAUGGGAAAACUUGGAAGCGGACUUGAUUGAACUUAGCCAACUGGUCACUGAUUUCGCUCUGCUAGUGAAUUCUCAGCAGGAGAAGAUUGACAGCAUUGCAGACCAUGUCAACACUGCUGCUGUGAAUGUUGAAGAGGGAACCAAAAACUUGGGGAAGGCUGCAAAAUACAAGCUGGCAGCUCUGCCUGUGGCAGGUGCACUCAUCGGAGGAGUGGUGGGGGGUCCGAUUGGCCUCCUUGCAGGCUUCAAAAUGGCAGGAAUUGCAGCUGCACUUGGUGGUGGGGUGUUGGGCUUCACAGGUGGAAAAUUGAUACAAAGGAAGAAGCAGAAAAUGAUGGAGAAGCUCACUUCCAGCUGCCCAGAUCUUUCAAGCCAAACAGACAAAAAAUGCAGUUAAAAACCAAACUUUGUUAUGAUGGUGCCCGUGUCUGUUCCAAUGAGGACCUAGGCCACUGCUGGACACUCAGCUUUUGGAACCCGAGUGUAUCAAGACAGCAGCUCUAGUGUAGACACUCACGCCGGGUGAACUGUGGUAAGCUGUAGUUCGUUGUUUGCCAGGGAGUUAAUGGAGACAGAAUGAGGAGCCAAGGCUAAAGCUAUAUCCUGUUGACAUCGGGUAAAAUUUAAAGACUGCCAAAGAGCAAAUUUCUGCCUGGAAAUGUGAAGUCUCUGCAUCAUUCUGCCGGGGACCUAAGUUGUAUAAAAGUAUUGAGCUAAGGAAGAGAUGAUUCUUCUGCAACUCUGAAUUGGAGCCCUUACUUCUACAUUUUUAGGCCUGUGGGCAAGGACAGAAAUGGGAGUUCAGAAGCCUUUCUUAAUACUACCAGAUAGAGCAAUCAGGGCCUUGCAAGGGGUACAGGCAGACUGCCUCAUGGGUGAACCCCAGUGCAGUUUUGUCCCACUGUGGGUUCUGGUGACAGAAAUUGGACGUGUUAAGAAAGACAGGCCUGACUUCUCUUUUCAGAUGUCUCCUGUUGUGACACUAUCUUCUUUUCUUCUUCGUCUGCCUCUCUUAGAUAAAGCACACAGAGCAUCACUUGGUAGGAGACUUAAUAGGCCAGUCAUAGAGCCUGCUCUGUCUGCCAGCCUGUAUCCCAACAUGGCAGAGUCCCAGUGCCCUCUGCCUUCCCUCCCUCAUGACUGUCAGCAGUUCUUUGGUUUCUAGAGUGAAUUCUACCAAUGGGUAAUGGGCACUUUCCUCAUUGUCUGCCUUUUUAUAUUGCUUUCUGUCUCAUUUCUGUAACCUCUAGAUUAAAAAAAAAAUGUAUUGGCAAUGUUGGUAAAGUUUGGGCUGAAAUGCAUAGGAGUGGGGUGACAAUAGACCAUUUCUUGGGAUAUGUUCCAAUUUCUAGGGCUGACAUGCUUACCACACAAGAGCUCUUUAACCCUAGGUCUUCUUUUAAGCUGGCCUCUGAGAGUCACAAACUAACUUCUACCUCACGCCCAUAUCCCUUUUCCACGCAGGCCUUGCUGUCUUAGGAUUUCCCUGACUUACCACUGCUGUUACUUGUUCCCCAGAAUGGUGUUUCUGCUUUCCUUUUCUCUCAUGUGGUGCAAGGCAAAGCCCAGUGCCAAGACUCAGACUCAGUGCAGCAGCCUUGGCGCUGAUCCUGGUGGUUGGCACUGACGACAAGCAUGGUCCAGCUCAGACAGCAAAAAGCUUUAAAUUUAGAAAGGAAAAACUAUAUAGGAAGUUAAGAUUACAAGCAACUUCACUCUGCACCCAACUAAUUUGGAGAAGGGGACUGCCUCUUGCCUUACUAUUUAUUCGGAGGACAAUAAUAGGCACCUAUGCUCCAGAGUGGGGGACCUGCAGGGGCCUGGGAGAUGAGGUUCAUCAAGGAGUCAAAUGGUAUAUCACUUAACUUCCUUCUUGCUGAAUUUACCUUUAACAACUUAUUGAUUGCCAUCUUUCACUUCUCUCCAAUGAAUUCCAAUGAGACAAAGUACCAUUUUUUUUUUAUCAGUAUUGCUACCUGCAAACUUAUAUAUAUCUGCAAUGCAAUAUCAAGGAGAUGUUUUGAAUAAGAAGCAAAUUCUAUCUAAUGUCUACAAAUCAACUCCUUUAAGGUUGAACAGUUGCUUCCAAUUUUGCCAGUCUUCUGUUUUCUGACCUUUGUCAUCACUGUAAUACAUGAUAUCCAAACCUAAAUGAAGAUCAGAACUUACUUGGGUGCUUAGUUAAGACAGGAUUCCUGAAGCCUCAGUCCCCGGGGGGAUUCUGGCAGAGCCAGUCCAGUUCUGUUGGCCGAAAUUAUCCAUUUGGUACAGUCCUCUGUGUAAUCAGCUGUAUUGCCUAAUCCUGUGAAUUCCAGUAUUCCACCCUUCUGCAGCACAGCACAUGACUUCAUUCUGCAGAUUAGCUACACUUGGAGCCCAGCAUCUUAGCAGCAGUUCUAGGUACUGAAAAAUGUAACGCUGGUUUACUUAGGACCCAGAGUGUGCCAGUGUGGGACACCUCUGUAUGUACUCAUAUGCACUCACAGUAGCCUUUGAUUUUUUUCUGCUCUUCAUAGAUGCAACAUUACAUUAACAGUCU